AUGUCUGCAUGCUGCAAAAUCCACCACAUUGUAAAACUUCGCUGGAUGCUUCGACAAUGGCGGAAGAAGGCGGCGGCGGCGGCCAUUAGCACCUGCCGGCGUAUACCAUCCGACGUGCCGGCGGGUCAUGUGGGAGUCACAGUCGGGUCUAAUAACAAAAGGUUCGUAGUCCGAGCUACAUAUCUGAACCAUCCAUUGUUCAAGAAAUUACUGGUUCAAGCAGAAGAAGAAUAUGGGUUCACCAAUACAGGCCCACUUGCCAUUCCCUGUGAAGAAUCACUCUUUGAAGAAAUCCUCCGGUACUUGGCCCGCACGGAAUCGAAUAAGUCGGCCCGCUUCAUGACAUUCGAUGAUUUUCAGAGAUAUUGUCGAGUUGGGAUUCUGAGCAACUUUGAUUUUCGGGCCGAGACAAGGCCCCUUUUGCAUGGGUGA